UGAAUCAAAUGGAAGAGCUCAAGGUGUUUGUCUCCAAACGGCUCCAGGCUGCUGCCUCUGAAAUACUCGGUGCUAUAGAAAAAACCAUAACGGGUUACGAGGAGCAGGCGAGCCGCCUGAAGGAGGAAAACGAUCGUAACUGCUCACUGUUGGACAUUAUCAUCAAAUCCAACUUAGCCCACACUCCAGCAACAUCAUUAAGAGACCAACAUCUCCCUCCCCCUCCUGCUCCUGCCGCCCCUGCUGCUGUCCCCCCACAUCCACUAGACUCAAGAUUUAAAGUGAAAGACACAGAAGGUCUCUUCACAGCGCCUAGUGACUUGCAGUGUGUCUUCACCUCACGCGACGACUUCUUUAAGAACGCAGCCAAAGGGAACAAUGGGAACUGUCCCUACUGCCUCAAGAGAACGCAGGCCAAUGAGACGCAUUUGAAGAAAAGGCAUUAUUCCCACGCUGUUCAUUUUAUCGAGGGCGGCAUCAAAAAGUUUGUUGUUCCCUGUAUGUGCAAAGAGAUAGUCCAAGGCAGAAGUCACUGGCACUGCCCCUACUGCCAUAAGAUCCUUUAUCGGAAAUGUAAUUUUGAGGCGCACUUGUUAAAACUUCAUGGAUAUUCAAUACAGCAGCACAGCCAAGAUGCAGAAACCAGUCAGCCCCCUGUCUCUGCCUCUGAGGAAGAAGUGCCCCCUAGCCUGGAACAGCCCUCGAUGCUGCUUCAAGUUAAAGAAGAAGCUGAGCAAGUGAGCUGUACAGAGGCACAGUGCUCAGAACAUCUGCAGAUCAAAGACGAGGUGAUGCAGAAAGGUAGCGAUCACAUGGGAGAACAAAGUCAAGAGCCAAGAGCCCAGGACUCUAUGUUCGUCAUUACCUAUGUGGACAGUUGUAUUGGAGACAUCAGUGAAAGCAGCAAGAGAUACUCUCUUUUUACGCAUUCAACUCAGGCCAUGGAAGCUCAGCGCGACUGUGGAGUUAGUGGAACAUUAGCACCGGCUUGGGAAACUCUUCAUGGUACUGGAAGCAGUGCGGUUACCGAGGACGAAAGCUGCAGCAAGUCUGAGGAGUCAAAGGAGACCCAAACACUUUACUCAAGUUCAAAUACACUGAAUGCAAAGAGGAAACAGUGUGUGAAAAGCUCUUCACCCCAUAUGACUUUAAACAAAAAGAGGGCAAGACAGAUAACCAAUCAGAACUCCACACUUUCUUACUCCUGUAAGGCCUGUGGAAAGAUUUUCCAUUACAUGUACACACUGAGAACACAUGCGCAAACACACACAAAGGACAAAAGCCGUGUUUGUGGAAUCUGUGGGAAACAUUUACAGUCUACAGAGAGUUUAGUUCAACACCUGCAAAGCCACACCAAGAGUAACAAGUGUGGUACUUGUGGCAAACAGUUUUCCAGUAAUUCCCGUCUAAAACGACACAGGAUGUUUCACAGACCAAAGGGUGUGAAUGUCAUGUCAUCAGCUUGAAUACUGUAGCUAAAUGUAAUUCUGUUAAUGCAUGAAAACCUGCUGUGUCUUCUUAUAUGAACCAGUACAAUGAAAUCUAGUGACUGGGAAACAUCCAGUGUGAUAGGAACAAUGGCAAGGAGCCGUUUUUUUUUUUUUUACACGGGGCAGUACAUGGGGCCCUGCGACAGGCUGGCGACCUGUCCGAGGUGUACCCUGCCUCUUGCCCCAUGGCAGCUAUAAUAGGCUGCCAGUAAAUCUUUACUGUAUCUUUAGUGACUUAAAAAAAAAUAAUAAUUUGGUGCUUGAAUUUAUUUUGAAUUUUCUCUAAUCCACACAGGGUCAAAAGUACACAUACGCUCAAAUCUUUUAAGUAGUACUGAAGGUUCUGCAAUGUCUUUUAACCUGACAAAGCCAAGGAGUAUUCACUUCUCCUUAGUGGUGAUUGACUACAACUGGUAGUUUCUCUUUGACAGUACUCAUUUGAUUGACCAAUACUCAGAACAAUAGGGAAAACCCAAGGAACUCAGUACAGAUUUACACAAGUUGGGAAGGUCUCUUGGAGUCAUUUUGAAACAACUGCAGAUUCCAGGGUCAUCAUUUCAAACAACUGUAUGUAAGUACAAGUUAUUUGCCAAGGUCUGGGAGAAGACCCAAACUUUCACCCUCAGAUGAGAAAAAGUUGGUUAGGAUAUUCAGGAACCACCAAGGCUCAAGCCUGCAAUGAACUGGAAACUGCUGGAACACAAGUGUUGCUGUCCGCAGUGAAGUGAGUUCAGCAUUGCCAUGGACCGAAAGGGUGCUAACCAAGACGCAAGCACCUGCUCCAAAAUUGACACCUUCAAGCUUGACUGAAAUUUGUAGAAACCAACUCAUUUAAAUGAAUUCUCCUAAGAAGAGUGGUCAAGUAUCCAGCCAUAAUUAUGCCAGAAGCUUGUUGAUGGCUACCAAAAACAUUUGGUCAAGGUGCAACUUGCUAAGAGAUAUUUAACCAAAUAUUAGUGGGGAUGUACACUUUUGACCCCAAAUAAAUUCAAACUUGUGCACUCAGUUCUCGUUAAAGCUGUAUGCUGUAGAAUCAUUCCACCCUGGAAAACGAACAGUUCAAAGAAAUCAUUAAAAAAUAUUAUAUUAAAAUUAAAAAUUGUGCUACUUUCCAAAUACAUGUGGACCGAAUUCUAGGUUUUUAGAUAAAAUUUUUUUUUUUUUACCUCAUAUCUCUUUAUGUAUAGUUGCUUCAUACCUUAACACUAUGAAGCUGAGCUGAG